AGAAAAAGUAAACGACGUCGUUUUUGCGGCGCACUCUGCAUAUGAUUCCGGAAGGAAAUCGAGAAAUGAAAGAUGGAAGACGAACUCAACGGCGUCGUUCCAUGUUCUUCCCUCGCCGUCGAAUCCACCAUUCGCGUCGGCACGGCCGGCGCACUCUGGGGCUUGUGUAUGGGUCCGUACAAUUCUCGCAAAAAUGGGCUUAGGGGCGUCGGCCAUGCUGCUUUCGUGGCAAAGUCCGUUGGAAAAUACGGCUUUCAAUGUGGACUUGUUGCUGGAACUUUUACUCUGACUCACUGUGGGAUUCAAAGAUAUAGAAGGAAGAAUGAUUGGUGGCAGGAGCAGCAAUUGCCACGAGGACUAGAAGCUGGUCACAGGUAUUUGGGAUGGCUGCCCUUGUUUCUGCCUUCAGUGCCGCUGCUGAAUAUUCAAGAUCGCUUUAGAAUACCUCUUGUAGGAACCGGAACCGGGAGGAUAAGUUCAGCAAGUUUCCUCUCGUUAUUCAAGGAAGUUGUUUGCAUGUUGGUGUGUUGGAGGAGGGAUCAGAUUCUCACUAUUUUGAUUCAAUCUUGAUAUUGGAGGUAAAUUCUGGUAAGAUAAGCCGGAAAUGAUAUUAAAGUAAUUUCCACUGUCCUGAUCUAUAUUACAAUACACAUUUCAGUUUUCCAUAUCAGAUGAUGAAACAUUAUAAAGUAACUGAGAUUCUCUUUCUUUCUCGAGUUUA